AUGCAUUCUGUAAAUUGCAUUUCGAAAUUGACACUUCCAAAGCGUCUCUGCACCACCAAUUUCUGCACAUUUACGCCUCCCCAAAUCCCAAAAUUCCAAGAAUUCCUACUCCUUCUAAACCAAUGCACUUCUCUGAAACGCUUCAAUCAAAUCCAUGCACACAUCACAACCUCAGGUCUCCACAGAAACCCCUUCAUCGUAGGAAAGCUAGUAGAAAUCUCAGCCGUCAAACUCCCUCCCAAAAACAACAUGGCCCAUGCAAUGCUCAUCUUCACACACUCCCACCACCCUCCAAACCUCUUUACUUGGAACACCAUCAUCAGAGGCUUCUCCCUCAGCAAUACCCCACACCAUGCCUUGCUCGUGCUCGUCUCAAUGCUCAGGCAAUGCAUCGAAACGGAGAGCUUCACGUUUGCCUUCGCCCUGAAAGCGUGCGCCCGAGCGCACGCGAUGGCGAAUGGGAAAACCAUUCAUGGCCUUGUCAUAAAGAGCGGGCAUGGGUCGCACAUCUUCGUUGUCAAUACUGCCAUGCAUGUCUAUUCGGCUUGUGGCGACAUGGCUGCUGCCCGGAAGGUGUUCGACGAAAUGGGUGUGCGGAAUGUAGUCACGUGGAAUGCGAUGAUUGCGGGUUAUGUGCAGAAUAGCCUGCCCGAUGAAGGGUUGAGAGUAUUCGAUCGGAUGUGGUCGUGGGGUAUUAGGCCCAAUGAUGUGACCAUGGUUGUUGUGCUUUCUGCAUGCGCACAGAAGAAGGAACUUGGUUUGGGGAGACAGGUGCAUGCUUACAUGGACGAGAACCGAUCAGAAUUCGAUUCCAACGUCAACGUUGGGACUGCUCUUUUAGACAUGUAUGCAAAAUGCAAGUGCAUGGAUUCGGCGAAGCAGGUUUUCGACGAGAUGCGAAAUAGAGACAUUGGAACGUGGAAUGCGCUCAUAGGAGGUUACGUCUUCAAUAGCUGUUUCAGCGAAGCUUUGGAAUUGUUCCAUGAAUUGCAAGCGGCAGGUUUGCAUCCAGAUGAACCUACAUUGGUUAGUACAUUGUGCGCUUGUACACGUUUAGGGGCAUUGGAUGUUGGAAAGAAGAUUCAUUCAUAUGCAGAAGAGAAGCGUUUCAGCUUCAAUGUGACACUGGGAACGGCUUUGGUUGACAUGUAUUCGAAAUGCGGGUGCAUCAAUGGGGCAAGAGAAGUGUUUGACAGGAUGACAGGAAGGGAUGUCAUGGCAUGGACGUCGAUGAUUGGGGGUCUGGCGGUUAAUGGGUAUGCGAAAGAUGCACUUGAGCUCUUCUCAGUGAUGCAGGAAUCAGGCCCAAGGCCUGAUGGGAUCACCUUUGUCGGUGUUUUAUGCGCUUGUAGCCACGCGGGCUUGGUCGAUCAAGGCCUGGCAUACUUCGAGUCUAUGAGAAAGGAUUACCACAUCGUGCCCAAAAUUGAGCAUUAUGGAUGCAUAAUAGACCUCCUCAGCCGGGCAGGACGGGUCAAAGAGGCAUUUUGGUUCAUCUGUUCGAUGGAGAUCCAGCCAAAUGCCAUUAUUUGGAGGACUCUUCUUAGUGCUUGCAGAUUGCAGCUGAAUGUCGAGUUGGCGGAGAUUGCUGUUAAGAAUUUGUUUGAGCUGCAGUCUGAUCAUUGCGGAGAUUACGUUCUCCUUUCAAAUAUAUAUGCUUCGACAGGGAGAUGGGACAAAGCAGAGAAGAUAAGAGAGCAAAUGGAGGUAGGAGGAAUAAGAAAGAUGCCGGGCUUGAGCUUGAUAGAAACAGACAGUAAAGUGAGAAUUGAAACAGAGGAUUUUGGUGGGAGGUUUGGUGUGAUUAAGCCAUGUCAAGUGUAG